AGGGAGCUAGCUGAAACACUUCAGCAAUUGCGAGAGAAGGAAAGGGAGAAGCAGUCUGUCGAGGCUGACCUAAAUGAGGUUCAGCGGCAUUUGAGACAGAAGGAAGAUCAGCUACAAACAAGUGAAAGGGAGAAACAGAGAGUCCAACAGCUGUUGACAAGAAAGGAAGCAGAGCUGACGAGAAAUAAAGCAGAGCUAACAGGAAAGGAAGCAGAGCUGGCGAGAAAGGAUGCAGAGGUGACGAGGGCAGAGGAGACUAUCAGGAGAGAGCAGCAGCAGAUUCAGGAGAUGAGACAGAGACAGACUGAGUUCGUGCAGGCCAAGGACAGGGAGAUAGCUCUGCUUCAGCGGAAACUGGGGGAAAAGCACUCUUACACAUGUCAGGUCAGUGGACCUGGUCUAACAUCAGCCACAGUCAACCAACCAACACACGUCCUAGUCAAACUAACUGACUCUAGUGGUAGACCAUACUCACUUCCACUGAAUGUCACCGCACAACUUGAGCUCGUUUCAGAAAGCCACACCCACAAAUGCACC